AUGGCGAGGAAGAAGAAGCCUGGUCGUCGGUCGGGAUUGAAGGUGGUGAGUGAUGCCAUUUCGCCGGAGCUUCGUCGGGAACAGGAGGAGAGUGUAGCUGGUUCUCUCGAUAGCCAGGAGCUUCAAGAUUUGCAGCUAGAACAGAUCUCAGUUCGGGAAGAAGAGGAAUCCCUGCAAUCAGCUAGGAAAAGCUGGGCUGAUGAGGUUGAUCACUUCCAAUCAGCUUCACAGAGCCAUUGGCAACAAUUUUCAGGAGGUAAAGUUCUAAACUCAGAUGCUAAAUUGUCUUUUACUGAGCCAUUGAUUAAGGAGGGUAGGAAAAUAGCUCACAUAGACUUAGAAGAGUUGAAAUUAGAAGAGGAAAGUUGGAAAUCAGCAGUAAUUUGUAUGGUUUUAGGAGCUAAUAUCCCGGCUGUGGUCUUUGAAGGCUUUGUGCGUAGAAUUUGGGGGCACUUAGGCAUUGUUCAAGUUGCUAGAAUGACUAAGGGGCUCACUAUGGUUAAGUUCAAUGAUGAAGCAACAAGAGAUGAGGUUCUUGAGAAUGGAAUGAUUCAAUUUGAUAAGAAACCUGUUAUUAUUCGACCUUGGUCCGCGAAUUUGAAUUUGAUUAGGUUGGUGAAAUCGGUUCCGCUUUGGAUUAGGUUGCCUAACCUUGGUCUCCAAUAUUGGGGGAAAAAAUCUUUGAGUGCUAUUGUUAGUACUUUGGGGAAGCCGAUAAUGGUGGACAAACAUACCAAGGAUCGAACACAAGUCCAAUUUGCUCGCGUUCUUGUUGAAAUAGACAUAUCCGAUAACCCGGACCGUAUUUGCUGGUUUGUUAAUGAAUAUGGGCAGUUAGUUGAGCAAGAAAUUGAAUAUGAAUGGUUGUCGGUUAAGUGUAAUCAUUGCAAGGGGUAUGGUCAUUUAAUAACUGAUUGCAGGAAAAAAGAUAAGCCAUUGGAUAAGGAAACAGGACAGAAGGCUGCAGUUAUAACAACUGGGAAUAAAAAGACUGAGGGCCAGGAAGAAGGGAACCAAGAACAUGCUGCUGGUGUGGAGAUUUCUGCUACUAUUGCAGAAGAAAUCGCAGCUACUGGUGUAGAUAAAGCUGCUGCUAUAGCAGCAGGAAAUGGUGAAAAAUCUGCUGCACUUGCAGCCGAGACUGUUGUGGCUGGAACUGCUGUUUUAGCAGCGAGUAAUGCUGAAGAGGGAAGGAAAAAAAGAGCUAUAAAGGCUCCUAAUGUUGCUUGGCAGGCCCCUAAACACAAGGGAUCGGGUUCUAUUAAAAGAGCAGAAGUUGAAAAGCAACGAGUUCUAAGGAAUUCUUUUGAAUUGCUUGGGGAAAAUCAGAGAGAGGAAAUAGGUGAAGAGGGGCCCUUUUUUAGUUGUUGA